AUGCUGGAUACUUCGAAUGCCAAUUAUGUGGCGAGCUGGGAUUGCCUUACGAGCCAUCAAGUGGAGUCAUGCUGUGGCUAUGUCGGCCUACAGCAGGCUUCUUCUGAAGGCGACCACGCACUGCUGCUCUGGUACGCCAAAUUCGCCAGAUUCGUUCGUUCGCCGGAUGCAGAUGGUGUCUCGUUAGAUACUUCAUCACUUUUGGCAUGGACCUGA